GUUCCGCAGCAGAGGAGGCAGCUCCGCCGCGGCGUCCCGGGUCUCCAGUGGGGUUGACGCUCCCGCGCUCGCUUAGUCCUCGUUUCGGCUGGCAGCGGGCGCCCUUCCGCGACGCGAGUCCCCGGCCGCUGCUCCUGCGCGUCCCGAUCUGGCCCCCUGCCCCGUGAAGAUGGCUGCCGUACGCCGGGCCCGCAGUUACUGCCGCUGCCUGGUGCGCUUCUCCGACCGAGAACUCUGCUAAGCCCAGCCGCGG